AUGACCGUCGACUGGCACUCGGACUACUCGGUGGUGAGGAGCGGCUUCCUCUGCCAACUGGAGGUGACUGAAACACAGGUUACCACUACGGCUGCUCCUUCAGGUUCCUGCUGUUGCGGAGUUCCGAACCGCUCCUCCCGCAUCGUCGGCGGCGUGGAGACCGAGGUGCGUGAGUAUCCUUGGCAGGCGGGCCUGGUCAGCGCCGGCGGCACCCGCACCUGGUGCGGCGGCAGUGUCCUCAACAACCGCUACGUGAUGACGGCGGCCCACUGCACGUCCGGAUCGUCACCCAGCCAGAUCGAGGUGCUUCUCAAGGAGCAUCGCAUCAGCAACAGCGAUGGUGAGAUUCGCGCCAGUGUGCAGCAGAUCAUCAACCACCCGAGCUACUCGUCCGCGUCCGGCUCCGGCUACGACUUCUCGCUGCUGAAGCUGACCAACCCCAUCACUUUCCCAAGUGACAACUCGCUGGCGCCAGUGUGCCUGCCCACCGCCGGUAACGACUUUGUCGGCGCCGACGCAAUCGUCACCGGCUGGGGUACCACCAGCUCGGGUGGCUCACAGGCCACCACUCUGAGGGAGGUCACCGUGCCCGUCAUCUCCAACACCGCCUGCAGGUCGUCAUACAGCAGCAUCAACCCGUCCAUGAUCUGUGCCGGUCUCAGUGAGGGCGGCAAGGACUCGUGCCAGGGCGACAGCGGUGGCCCGAUGGUCAGCCUCGAGUCCGACCGCUACUCCCUCAUCGGCGUCGUCUCGUGGGGUCGGGGAUGUGCUCUGCCCGGCUACCCGGGCGUCUACGCCCGAGUCACCGAGGUGCUGUCCUGGAUCCAGACCAACACCGCUGACGGCACCUACUGCUCUUAG